AAGCGGACGGACCCGUACUCGGAGGCUAAAAAACUCUAAACUGCAAGGGAACAGCCGAUAUGGAUGAAGAAAACCGACGUAAUUUUGAUUAAAUUUGGUUUCCGGCUGACCAUAUUUUGCCUGAUACUGUCGGCAGUCCUUCAGCGCGCAGCGGCAAAGCGGACUCCAACAGACGGGUUUGGAUGGCGCUAAACUGCCCUCUUGGAUCUGGAUGAUCUGCAACUGUGCGUCGAUGCAGUCUUCUAGAAGCUCUCCCUCCCUGUGGCUGACAAACCAGCAGCAGCAGUAUGUCCCGUGUCUCCUCCACCGCCAAGCGCUAUGCUGGCUCUUCCUACGGCAGCCAUUACAGCACGUACACCUCCUCCCUGACCCCGGGCCUUAGCACCUUCACCGAAAGGGAGAGGUUGUCCUCCUACACCUCUCCCUCUUCUUUGUCCACCUCAUCCUCAGGUUACUCCUCCUCCAGCUAUCUUAACAGCUCUGCCACUCACGGCCGCAACUACAGCACUUCCUCAGAACCCGACCGUGACCGGGGUCGAACUAUCCCACGCACCGACAUCCUUGGAAGCAGCAGCAGUCGACGCAGCGAGAGCCUUAGUCGAACUCCCGUCAAAAACUAUGGAGGUUCAGGACUGAGCGGAGGGUCAGCCUACACUGGCUACAGUUCUUAUCCUUUGUCCUCAACCACGCCCAGCUACCUCUCACCUUCCCCGAUGGUCUCAAGCAUCUCACUUGCACGACGCAAAUCUGUAUCCCAGAGUGAUCUGAGCAGGGACUUGGCUUGUCUGAGCCUCACUGAUUCCUCUUCCUCCAGCCCAUCUUCUACCAGCAGUGCCCUGCGGAGCUACUGUAGUCGGACAAGUGACGUAGCUGACUCAUAUGGCACUAGUUCUCGUCCCAGCUACUCAGGCCUGUCUCGGAGCUCUACUCAGGAGUCCCUCUCACGGAGCUUCUCCCAGGAGGCCUUUAGCAGUAGCAGCAGCAGUAGAACAUUCAGCUCUUCAACGUGGGAGCCAAGCACCAAUGGGAUGUCCAGCUCCCCUUCCAAGGACUCCACAAACUCAAAGAGUGCCCAAGGCCUGGUGGGACUAAAGAACUUAGGAAACACUUGCUUCAUGAACAGCAUCUUGCAGUGUCUCAGCAACACACACAGCCUGCGAGACUACUGCCUGCACAACUCGCACCGCAGAGACCUUAACAACAACAGCCGCACCAACACAGCCCUCAUGGAAGAAUUUGCCAAGCUGAUGCAGACUAUAUGGACGUCGUCCAGCAAUGAAGCAGUCAGCCCCUCUGAGUUCAAAACGCAGAUCCAGAGAUAUGCUCCCAGAUUUGUAGGAUACAACCAACAGGAUGCUCAGGAGUUCCUGCGCUUCCUUCUCGACGGCCUGCACAAUGAGGUCAACAGGGUCACUGUCAGACCGAGAGGAACUGCUGAAGACGUUGACCACCUACCGGAUGAAGAGAAAGGGAAGAAGAUGUGGAGCAAAUACCUGGAGAGGGAAGAUAGUAAGAUAGUAGACCUGUUUGUAGGUCAGCUGAAGAGUUCUCUGACCUGCAGCUACUGUGGUUUCUGCUCCACUGUGUUUGACCCCUUCUGGGAUCUCUCUUUACCGAUCGCCAAGAAGGGCUACGGUGAGGUGAGUCUUAUGGACUGUAUGCGGUUCUUCACCAAAGAAGAUGUCCUCGAUGGGGACGAAAAGCCUACGUGUUACAGGUGUAAAGCCAGAAGAAGAUGCACUAAGAAGUUCACAAUACAAAAGUUCCCCAAGAUAUUAGUGCUUCACCUGAAACGCUUUUCUGAAGCAAGAAGAACCAGCAAACUGUCCACUUUUGUUAAUUUUCCUUCAAAAGAUCUUGACCUACGGGAAUUUGCUUCUGAAAACAGCAUGAAUGCAGUGUACAACCUAUAUGCAGUGUCCAACCACUCAGGCACCACUAUGGGCGGUCACUACACAGCCUACUGUCGCAAUCCCAACUCGGGAGAAUGGUACACAUUUAAUGACUCCAGAGUAACGCCAAUGUCCUCCAGCCAAGUGCGCAGCAGUGACGCCUACGUCUUAUUCUACGAGCUGGCUUCAUCGUCACGGAUGUGAAGCCUCCUGGAGGACAGAAGGUCUCACUGUCACACUGGAUGGAAAGAAGAAGAAUGUUGGCGAUGCUGGCAGGGCGUGUUGUGGACUUGUAUUUGGACAUGAAUCACAUGUAUACAGAGAGGUUCAUUAACUGGACAUUGACUAGAUACUGUUGUUUUAGCUGUUUCCUGAAAGUAAAUAAUGGUUUUCAACUCAAAGUACAGAUUUUCAACUUUAAUUUUAUGGAAUUUUUAUAUACAUUGGUUGAAUGGUGUACGAAUUGGAGCACUGUUUGUUUUUAAGCCCCAUUUCAAGGGACAAAACAGUCUCAUUUCAAGUGGUCACAUAGUUUCAAUACCAACACAAAUUUAUCAGAGAUCAUUUUGGCCCCAUUAUGUACAUUAUUAAAAAGAAAGAGAGCAAUUAUGGUGAGCUCAUGGAAAAUCAAAAGACCCAGGAGAUCAAAUAUAGCAAAUGUGAUGGAAGAUUAAAUGUUUUCCCCCAAGUGAUAAAAACAAAUUCACAACAGUUGACCAAAUUAAGAAUAUCCUCCAAAAGGUCCACAUACUGUUAUCUGUGUCCAAGUCAGUCAAGAAGACUUCAUGAGAGAAGAGUGAGGGUUUAAGCAGAAGAUGUACCCUUUGGUCGGCCUCAGAAAAAACAAAGACUUGUUAAAGUAAAACAAAAGUCUAGAAACUAGACUGUGACCUGCAGCAUAUCAGGAAAGCUGCCCAAGAUGCUUUUCGGCAAAGAACUAAAUUUCUCUGUAGUGGCCAAAGUCACCUGACCUGAAUCCAAUUAAACAGCUGAAUCACUGAAAGCAACCCCCACCCCCCACCCCACCCUCGGAUUGUAUCGCAAACUCAGCAAACUAUGCAGUCCUCAAAAAAAAAAAAAAAAAAAAAACAAUGCUCAAAUUGUAUAAUUUGGUGUUUCCACUUAUGUGUAAACCAUUAAAAAGUGGGAGGAACUGAAACAAAAAGUGCUGUAAUUUUUUUCACCAUUUACCUGAUUAAAAUCUAAGAAUCCUCAAAGUUGAAGGUCUGCACUGUGGGCUCAGACACUUUCAUUCUUUUGAAAUUUGAUGUGCUGCAGUAAGCAACAAAAAUAGCACUAACUGUCGAUGUCCAAAUAUUUAUGGACCUGGCUGUGCGUGCCUGCGCCACACCGACCUGGAAACUGGAGCAACACACUGGAAACUACAGGAGUCUGAUCAACCAGUACUGCUUUGUUUCUGUUUUUUCUCAUUGCAGCUGGAUGCACAUGUUCUGUGUGCAUGUGUGUGUGUGUGUGUAUGUGUGUGUGCGCACGCCUGCAUCACAGGGCAAUAAUCCCAUCUGACCAACCUAUGAAUCCGCCUCCAUCACAGAUGUCCCGCUCUAUGCACUGCAAACCAACCCAAUUGCGCCUUUUGCUUUUUAUUGCAUUCUUGAUCUUGCUUGCAUUCUUGAUCUUGCCAUUUGCCUCAAACCUUUUUUUUAAUUUGUGGGGACUUAUGUGCUUUGAAAAAAAAAGUGUCUGUUAAGUGUGCGAUUGUUUUGUUUUUUUUUGUUUUGUUUUUUUUACCCUAUCAGCAUCAGCGCCAUUAUUAUCUCUUACUCUCUGGACUGUGCACAAACUGUACGUAGUGUCCGGAUCACAACUUUUUGAUGUUCCAAGGAGCUGACAGCUCACCGGCCCGGUUUAAUUUCCCUUACCGCUGCACAGCAACUCCAGUUUUCACGCCUGUUUUCUUUCUCCAAAGGUGGCUGGGAAGCCGGUGGAUAAUGUUAGCUUUACGUUUUUCAGAAUCCAUCUUCUAACUUGUUAUAUUUUGAUCCCCCCCAACUUCCGAGUGGCUGCUACUGAUGUUUAAAAAAAAUGUUGUGAAUGAGUGAAGAGUCCAGUAUGGGCUUGCUAAGGGUUAAUAAUGUAGAUAAUAAUAAUGAGCAUCAUUAUCUGGCUUUUCUUCCUCUCUUGUUUCAUGCCAUUGAACAACACGGAAAGAAUGUUUAAAGUUUUAAAAAACUAUCUAUUUUUGUAACCUGAUGCAAUAUGGAGAAUACUAUUCAACGGUGCUGAAAAUGACCCCUUGCUGUUUUCAGUUGGUUUAUUUACCAGGUUUCAAGAGAGAGAAAAGGCUAUUAUGUAUGCGUACAUGUGACAAUGUGAUGAGUCACGGUUUUUAAAAGUGGCAGUCAAACACAUGAAUAUAUAAAUAUAUAUGAAUAAAAUUCAGCAAAAGUG